AAAAAGUAAAAGAGAGUACACAAACAACCAGAGCCAAUUGACUGCCUUGAUCUUUACCAACAAGGAUAUACCGAAGACGGGUUGUAUGUGAUCAAGCCAGAUGUAAGUUCUUCUACCACUGAUGUGUGGUGUGAUAUGACCAAUGGUGGCUGGACGGUUAUACAACGCCGGCAAGACGGAUCUGAAGAUUUCUAUAGAAAUUGGGAGGAAUACAAACAUGGAUUCGGAAACAGAAGCGGCGAAUAUUGGCUUGGGCUAGACAAUAUUUACUUUUUGACUAGUGACAGUAGUUCACUUCACAUAUAUCUUGAGGCAUUUGAGAAUGACAAUGUUGAUCAAGAGUCUGUUUUUGCUGAAUAUUCGACCUUCAGCACUAGUGACGAAAAUGAUAAAUACAGAUUAAGGGUUGCAGGGUACAACGGCUCUUGUGGUGACUCAAUGUCGUAUCAUAACGAAAAUCAGUUUACAACCAUAGACAGUGAUAAUGACAACCUAGUCACACAAAAUUAAGCAGUGGAAUUUAGUGGAGCUUGGUGGCACAAUCGAUGCCACCGCGCGAAUCUAAAUGGAUUAUACCUGGAGAGGGGAAAUACCGAUUAUGCUCGAGGAAUUAAUUGGUACGAAUGCUGGGGUUAUAAUUACUCUCUGAAGAAAACUGUUAUGAAGAUCAGAAGAAACAAUUGAACAAAUAAUUCCUUUCAUUUGAAAAAAAAACUGUUCUUUUACAUCUGUUCAUAUACAUUGUUUAAAGAGACUGACAUGUAAUCCUAACAUUUUGUUGAGUCCAUAAAGUUCAUUGUAUUGUCUCUGAUAAUAUAUAAUGCUCUUAUUGUUAAGAACAAAACGACAAACAUGAAGGGAUCCUUAAAUGAUCUGUAAUGAUUUGAUUUAAGUUCUAAAUAUUGACAUUAAUGUAGUAUUUAAUGCAAACAUAAGAUUUAGAUACACACGUUUCAAAG